CACUGGCCAUAAUGACCGAAUCUGGGAUUGAAUCUCCGGCUGCCCCGGAAUGGUUGCUAAAACUCGAAAGCCGCCGGGAACAGAUUAAAGCCAAGCUGAGCCAUGAAAGUGGAAACGGUGCACCGUGUAAUGUGUGCGGAAGUUCCUGUCCGGGUCUAGAUUUACACUUUUGGCGUAAAAUUUGUCGCAAUUGUAAGUGCCGGAAGGAGCAGCACGAUUGCAUCGAUGAUGAUGUUAGUGGAUGGGCUCAGUUUGAAAUUUUGGGGGCUAUUCGGUCCAAACCGGCAUAUAUUCGAAUUUCGGAGCUAACGGAUAAACCGGUCCAGCUGGCAUGGGUACCGCCGAACGUAACGCCGGAACUCGCCUCGGAUUACAUGCGAACGCUCGGCCAACAGAACAUACCGAUCGUUGGGAGUGAGGCAGCUGAAAAACGCAAACAGCAGCUAGAAUAUCAAGUGCCAGCGCAUGAUCUCGAUACGAAUCUGUGCCAUAAUCUAACGCCCUAUGAAGCUGGCCAGCUGAGCGACUAUGUGGAGAAAAUUAAAACGCACUGCGUUGGCCAAGGAACGGUGAUGCGCGUUGGAGGUGAUACGGCUGGAAUGUUGCAGUAUGGCACGGUUGUGCAACAGCCACAGCAGGCCGUGCAAGAGCCCGUAGGAACGAAACGACCCGAUUACAUGGAAAGUGGCGUACUGUCCGAUAAAAUGAAGUACAAACUCAACCUGAUGGGUAUUAGUAGCUCGGAAAUGGUUGCUCGUGCGAUGCUGUACGAUCCGGCCACGGUGCUAAAUGGAACCGAUAAAAGUAUCCCGGAAGCGAUCGUCAAAUUCCACCAAGAAUAUCAAGCGAACCCGAAAUUUAGAGCUGAAAUGGAUCAUUUUAAAGAUCGUUUACAAUUCCCCGCACGGCAAACUGUGCCUUACGGAGAAGGUUUCUCGAACACAUCAUCCGGCGCGACGAUUGUUCCGUCCGGAAGUAAUGAUUCCGGUUUUGGUUCGAUUCCGGUUACUCCUCGUGAGGACGCACCAAUGUCACACGCACAACUCCUCGGUCCGAUGGAAGCACUCGGACUGGGCGGCGGUGAACGUAUGCCUCCACCACAGCAAGCCGUUCAGGAUGCGGUCGUUGCCAUGACGGCACACCGAUGUACCGGCUGUACGCUGCCGAUCGUCGUUGGAGAAGUUGCGGUAAAGAUCGAUCGUGCGAGCAACAGUGAUCGGUCGAUCUGGCACCCGCAGUGCUUCAAAUGUAAUCGAUGCGGCGAACUGCUGGCCGAUCUCGUCUACUUCUACCACGCUGGUGCCGUUUACUGUGGACGAGAUUUGGCUGCAAUUUUGAAAAUUCCACGCUGUGCUGCUUGCGAUGAGCUGAUUUUUACGAAGGAGUAUACGGCCGCCGAGGGAGCAACGUUCCAUGUGCGCCAUUUUUGUUGCUACCACUGCGACGGUCCACUGGCCGGACAGCAGUAUGUGAUGGAUGAAAAAUCUUCCCAACCGCUUUGCCUGCCGUGCUACAAGGGUCACUACGCGCAGACCUGUGCCACGUGUAACCGAUGCAUUGGGCCAACGGAGCAGGGUGUCGGUUGGGACAAGAUACACUGGCACAAGGAGUGUUUUCUGUGCAGUGGUAAGCACUGCCAGAAGUCACUCAUCGGUGGACGGUUCUGUGUGAAAGCGAAUCGGCCGUACUGUAGUGCACAGUGCACGAAAGACGUUUGAAAAAGA